AUGGCCGGCGGAAGCGGUCGUGUUUUUCAUUUUGGGUUUUGUCUUUUGUGGCUUCUACAGACUCACACGCUAUCAUAUGGAGCACAAAAGCUCAGAAUGGUUAAUGUGGUGAGUUUUUUUGUGAUAGUAUUGUAAAAUAUAAUUAGUUGAUUCUGAAAUGUGUUGGUGCUGGUACAAUACAGAGCAUAUGCCAUGACCACGAAAAUUUGCAACAGGUUAAUUUUAUGUACGCGUGUAAAUUUUAACGACCCUCUCAAUGAAUGACUGGCUUUCUUUACUUAUUUAUAAUUUUUGCCACUGAUCUGUAAUUCCCUAAAAAGGUACCUCAGCUCAUAAAACCUGGGCGCAUUGAAAUUUUCCCAAGUUUAUACGGCUUAAUUAAAAUCACAAGUGUAGUCACUAGUGUAUGACUAAGCUUGGUAAAUAUAAUAACCGAUCUGGAGAAGAUCGAGUCCCUACAAGGCGUCUAAGUUGACUUCGGAGUUUUCAACCUAGUUUCAAUUGGAAAUUGAGCUUGCGAACUAGCUUCUUCUAUGCAUAGAAGAUGAGAGGAUAUACACAGUUUUAAGUAUUUUGCGUUUCAUAUAAGGCUUAUUACUUCCUUCCGCGAACCAAGCACUGACACAAGCCUGAGUCUUCUGCAGUCAAUGUUACGUUCAUAGUUCAUAUAAUUUCAAGGCAGAUAUGGAAGUAAAUGUAAUUAUUUGAUUUAUUAAAGUUAAAUUAUUUUACAUUUUAUUACUCAUCUGAGUAUCGUGUCAGUGUUUUCAAAGUAGUAAGCUUACUUCCUCAUUGUUUUUGAAAUUUCAAGGAAAAUGAUUCUGAGAAAGGUUCUCCUGAUUUCAUUUCCCUUGUUGAAAUUUUACCCUUGGUUAACAGGGGGCUUUUAUAACUAAAGUAAAAGCUUCACUGAUUCCUUCACCACACAAAAAGCUACCAUUAUAGCCAAAGGUUCAUGCAAGUAAAUGUACUUUAAGCCACGCUAACAAAGGAAACUUGAUUGAUUAAAUACCCUUGUAAAGCUGAGCCCUUGCAUUGAGGAGUAUUGUUUUAUCUUAUGUCUUUUGCAAAAUGGUCAUUUGAAUGCUUUCUAUCUGAAAUUAUCAGGUUUCCCCUUUUUAUACUGGCCUCCACAUAGUUGUACUUAUUUUAAAUCUGCUGUAUUUAUAUAUCUAAUAUACAGCUAUGAACAACUUAAUUAGCAUGUAAUUUGAAUUUAAUGUCUCGACAGGUAUAUCGCCAUGGCGACCGCUCCCCCUACACCUUUUUCCCAACAGAUGAACAUAAAAAUUUCUGGCCUCAAGGCCUGGGGCAGCUUACUCAGGUUUGUUUUUACUUAAACCAAUAAUCCCUGCAUAUCAAUACAUUAUUACUGUCUACCUUGUUUUCUUGACAUUUUUUGACUAUGACUAUGUCGACUCAGCAGUCAAUAGCAAGUGUCCCUACCCCACCCCCAGGGCAUUUGUCAUAUCAGGUAUUCCAACAGUGGGGCAUUGAUGUCAUGAAAGGUGUGGGAGGCCCAGGGAGGGUGUUUUUGUCACUGUUGAAUUUGAUAUUUUUCCACCAUUUUUGGCAAGGGAAACCCAUUUUACUUGAAGAGUGCAGAUUUAGCAAAUCUUAUAAAACAAAAUUUUGAUACCUCAAAACCGUAGGGUUAAGUAAAAUGUUACUUUCCUGGCGACAAAAUACUCUUGUCCUUGGUAAUCUGUCAUACCCUGUGUGCCACUUGGGAGAGGUUCAAAAGUGAUUGGAUGAGUCACAACAAAUACUAGCAUCAUACUUGCACAUGGGGAGGGUGUUUAAUAGACCUGAUACACAUUUAUUCAGUGCUAUUUAGCACAUAGAUUUCAAGUGGCUACAAAAAGUAAUAAUGAUCUGAUCAUCAACACACUAGCUGUAGGAUUUCAAAUUUCAUGGAUCAAACACUUUUUUGGUUCCUUGUCCUGAGAUCAUGGGAAUAUAUUUGUUCCAUGAGAAGUCCUGGGAACCAUUCUCAAGAUCCAAGAUUUUUUAAACGUGUUAAAAACAAUUUUUUUAAACAUGGCACAUUGACGCAGUCUGAUCUUGUUUCAUCAGAAUAAUUAUUUAGUUGUCAUGAGUUGUUGGGUGGUAUAAUAAUGAUAUUUCUACGCAGGAUAAUAAAAAAAGUUAAAAUUAUGUGACUCUAUGGGAUUUGAGUAAGUAAAGGAUAAGUAUAGGGUAUAAGAUAUAAAGAAAAAAUAUGUCAGCCAGUGCCUAAGUCACCUAAAUCGAGAGUGUCUUUUUAAAUUUCAGGUUGGAAUGAGGCAGGAAUAUAAACUUGGCCAGUUGCUCAAACAUCUUUAUGUUGAUAAAUACAAACUGCUUAAUUCAUCUUACUUGCUCAAAGAGGUAAAUAGAAGACACUUUGACUUGCUAUGGAAAUUUUCUUUUUUAGGAAUUAGGCUAGUAAUUUCAAAUGCCUAUUCAAAUGUUCUUAAAGCAUAGCCUCAAAGAAAAAUCCUACUGAUGCUGACAUUUGCGAUGACUGGCAGCCAUCUUUAUCAAAACUAAAAACGUCACAGGUGUCCAUAUCUCCUAUAUGGACCCAAGUGAUUUCCACCUUUAACCAGGAGGGAGGGUGGCCUCGACGGAGUGACUUUUUAGACGCCUGUGACGUUUUUAGUUUUGAUAUAGAUGGCUGUCAGUCAUCAAAACUGUCAGCAUCAUUACAAGGCUUCUGAUAGGUUGCAGAGAAAAAAGUUUCAAAUAUGUUGUACAGACACGUAUUUGAUAAGAUUUUUACCAAAUUUCGCGGCAUUUUGGGUGUUGUUGUGAAUUUCGCACGAUUUCGCGGAUUUACCUGAAUUUUGUGGCUCUGCGACCAGGCGAAAUAUCAGAAUUCCUGUCAUUAAGAUUUUUCUUUCAAGGCUAUGCUGAAUAGAUAAGUAAAUUUUCUGCUUUUUUUAUGAGUAAAAUUAUUACCAUGGAACUCCCGAGGUAUAACCCCAAUAAUGGCCUAUAUGAUGAGGCUCAUGCCUUGAAAAGGCUCCCUUUUUCAGGAUUCUGGUUUAUAAAAGGGUGGGGAAAUAUAUCAUUUCGGUUUGUAAAAAGCCAGCCCUAAAGGAGUAGUAAGCAGAUGCAUUUUUGUGCCUUUGAAAAAGUCGAGAAAACAUCCUGGUUUUGGGAUUUAUUCAUAUUUAAUAGACAUUGCAUUUACAGCAGUUGUAAUAAGGGAUGCAAAGUUCUAAACUAGGUAUGUGGAAGGGGUACCAUUUGUCAAAGGAAGGUAUUUGAAAGGGGUACCUUUUCUGUGGUGGGACCUUGGAACAGAGCCUUCCUGUACAAAACGUUGUUGAGUACCCCACUGGGAUGGAACUCCAUCAUAUACCAAUUUUUUUAUGGCAACCAUCUUGUUAAGAAAGUCAGUUUUCUGGCCCAAAUAAAAUUCCCCUCUCACUCUGAUAUCCUCUUAUAUUCUGUAACCUUUUUAAUCUGACUAUAGUCAAACAUACCUCUAGGUGAGACCAUGACCUGCCAUAAGCGACCACCUAUCCAUGCCAAAAUUUUCCCAGUCAAAAUCCUACUAUGAAACAUCCUGUAAAUGACCAACUCUCAUAAGUGACUGCAACCACUUUUUGGCCUGAUGAUUUCAUAGUUUUCCAUUAUUAAUUUUUUAAUCUCUUGCAAGGGACCACUUGACUUAUGGUGUGGUCCCUUUGUCCUCUAUAUGUACUACUUCACUCAGGGUAUACAAAGAAUGGAACUACACGUAUAGUUGUUACUCACAAAAUGUAUGCAAUAAUUCCAUGUCAAAAAGUUGCAGAUGUGUUAAGAUCCAUUUGCAGCGGAGAUGACCUUUGGUUUGAUCCUUGUAAGCAACCACCUCUUGUAAGCGACCACUAAAUCUUAUCUUGACUAUUUUUUUUGAAACAGAUCUAUGUUCGAAGUACUGACGUAGAUAGAUGUAUAAUGAGUGCUCAGACACAACUGAAUGGUCUAUAUCCACCACAAGGAAGGCAGGUACAAGUGGUCAGCAUUUUUUUUAUCAUUUUUUAACUGGCAGCCAAUUAUUUUAUAAAAUUUGGUUGUGUAUUGUGAGAAAUAAAGAGUCCAUUAUUUUGCAAGAAGCUUUGCCAGACAUUUUAUAGAUAUUUUAAGUGUUCGAUGAUUUUGCCAAGAAAAAAAUGUCACCAAUUUUCCAAUGUCGACACUUAUACUGUGGUGGAUCCACAUGCUGAGGCAAGUGCACUGUAGUCUUGAGGUGAGAUAGGGGGUUGGGGAAGGGGGGGUGAAGAGGGGGGGGGGGGGGGGUGCUCCUUUUCCAAGUGAAUUAAAGCUGCAGAACUAUAACUAAGGGAUGAGGACCGGGGAUUUCCCCCGGCUUCUAUGAGGGUGAUCUCCAGCUACUUUCAUGGGAAAAUAAGGGAAAAAUAGAGCCAAUAGAAAUUCCUACUUUUUUUAUUCGCCAGUGACUUGUUGUAUUUACCUGGCAACAUAUUUUGUUCCUGCUUAGGUGUAACAAAAAAAUUAAUUGCCAGUAAAGAAUAUGAUUUUUUUAUGUUUGAAAUGUUGUUUAAUAAUAAUAAUAUAAAUAUAAAAUAUUUAUAUGGUGCCUAUAUGUUUCCUAGAUAUGGCGGAAAAAUUUGGACUGGCAGCCGAUUGGUGUCCAUGUGGUUCCAAAGAAGGAGGACUAUGUAAGUUCUUACAACCGGUAAACUUUCAGUUAGUAACCUCACUGUUUUUGACUAGUGAUGACAAGGCCAUUUUCUACCAUUGGCUUAUAUCGGUAUAUUUUUAUUUCAGCUUCUUCGACCUUUUGAUUACAACUGCCCUCGUCUAAAUGAGAUAAUUGAAAAGUCAAGACAGGACCCAGAAUACCAGAAUAUGGCCAAGAAAAACAAGGUUAGGAAAAAAACUUCACGACAGCUGGGCUUACAUAUGUAUGAUUUAUGUGAUCGCCAGUGUGAUUUCUCACACUAAUGUUGAUCUCAGAUCUCUUAAUUAAAAAGAUAAACAGAGUUCACACAGUCUUGAAAAGUCCUUGAAUUUUAGGGGAUAAGUCCUUGAAUUCCAUUUUUCCCUUAAAAAUCCUUAAAUUUCUGUGCAAGUCCUUGAAAAGUCCUUGAAUUUUCUUCAACUUUAAAUGUAGUGGCCUGAAAAGUGUGUUUUGAUGCUUUUUGGUUGUCCAGGACAGAAUAUAAAUCAUAGAUCAGAAAAUUGAAAGGUUAUUUACACAAAGUACUCAAUGUUUUAUGCAAUAAUUAACUAUCAAUUUAAGACUUAAGUGAACUGAAAAAUGUAGAGAAGCUGGUGAAGCAAACAGUUCAAGCCUUAAACUCUUAUUAGAAUAGACUAGGAAUGUGCAUUUAUGUACAGUCUUUGAAAUUAUAUUCCUAGUAGGUGGUCUCUGAAAAUCUAAUGUGGCCCUUGAAAAGUCCUUGAAAAGUCCUUGAAAAAAAGUUGCAAUUUUUUUAAUAAACCCUGUGAAAAUUAUCUUGGUUUUCUAGGAACUGCUGUCAUAUAUCUCUCUACACGCUAACAAGACAUACACUCUAGCCAAUGGCUAUCAAGUAUAUGACACACUUUUUUGUGAGGUAAUAAAGAUAAUUGUUGCCAGUUUCAUAUUUUAACAAGUUACCUUAAUGGUAGUUAAUUUUCUGCCGCAUAAUAUUUACUGUGAGAUGUUUAGCCUGUGAAUACAGUGUGGUGCCUCUCAUUGCUCACCUUCACUUUGGAGGGGAGGGGGAGGAGAGGGAUAAGAGGCUGCUGUAUUUUCAGGUAAAGUUCAUGGCUUAAUAAAUCUGCAAGCCCAACUCUCGGGGCUAUGGUAAAAAGUUUUGUAAAAUUUACCAUAAAUAUAAGUAAAAUAAAUUUACCAUUAAUAUUAUGUGAGGAAAAAAAUUCAAGCAAAACAAAGGAACGAGUGAAUAAACAACUUUAUUAAAUGUUUCAUUUCUUCUAGCUGCGACCCUGGACAAAAGCUGUUGAGACACGUCACAAAAAUACCUCAGGGUUCGUACAGGUCAUGGAAAACUUGAAGAGUCUUGGAAUUUAAGGAUUUCAUUUUCCUGGCCUUGAAAGUCAUGGAAAUUAGUUAUUGUUGGCCAUGGAAAGUCAUAGAAAAUUGAGGUUUUGUUUGUUAGAUUAGUUACUGCAGACGUAAAAACAAGGACAAAGUUAGAUAGAGAAAGGCAAUUUAACAGUUCAAAUGGCACACAUUUUGGUGGACACCAAAGUGUAAUCUGUUGUACUAUGAAUCAGGUCAAAAACUGCCCUAAAGCAAGGAUAGUUUUCAAAGUUUUUGAAAGUGACAGCUAUACCUAAAGUCAUUGAAAACUUGAAAAGGUCAUAGAAAAAGUCAUGGAAUUUGAAGAGAUAAAAAGAGUACGAACCCUGUACAUGUUUUUUUUCAUCAUCCCAGUGGCAAAAAUGGAAACCAUCGCCAAAUGAAGGCUUGUUAACCCCCCUGCCCUCAUCCAAAGUUGUUUAGGAUAACACGAGAAUUAUACACAUUGGUUUUUAGACCUAAACAGCUUUGAAUAGAGAUUGAAGUGGGGGUCUUACUUUUUCUGUUUAGAGAUGGUAGUAUUGUGCGAAAGUUACAAAAUAGAUGCAACUGCCUCAAACGUUUUGUCUGGGGUUGUGGCUACAUGUACUUGUGGCCUAUUUUUUCAGGGGUACCUUUAUAAUUUGAGUCCCAUUUAGAGUAGGAUUACUUUUGUUAAUAUUUACAAUAAAAAUGAUAGGAGCUUUUUAAGAGUUGUUCUGCAUGUCAGUUAUUAUUUUGUGAUAUUUGAGCGUUUUGGUAAUAAAUCAAUGUAAAAAAUAGUACUGAAAUUAGAAGAAAAACACUUUUUGAGGUAUGUAACUUUUGGUAGCAAAAUUUCAGAUGGGAAAAAUCCCUUCAAUUUGCUUUGUAAUGUUUAGUUUAUUUCAAAACUGUGGAGUUAUUUGAAAUUCAUAUUAGUGUAUAGUGUUAGUAGUUUUAUGUGAUCUCAAAUCUUACUGUAACAGGACUCACAUAACCUGACGAGACCUUCUUGGGCUACAAAUGGUACCACAUGGGAAGCAAUGAGGAACAUGAGUAAUUUUCAAAUGAAGUGGCUAUUUGACUCUCCUGAGAAGGCCAAAUUAACUGGAGGUUUGCUGUUUAUAAUUUCUUCUGUGUUUAAAAAGGGGCUAGCUGGGGAAAAUUCCUAGGUCUUUGUUAUCUGGAUUUUUGCAGAUGUCAUCACUGCCAAACUUAAAGGCAACUGUUUCGGUAAUCUGCACCCCCUUUGCACUCAGUAAUACUGUAAACACCCGCAUAUAAGAACACACGAUUUUGGAGGUCAGGCUGAUUGAGUUCUUAUUUAUCAGGUACUUAACGACAAAUCAGCCUCAAAAUGUUCUUAAAUUUUUAUUUAGUAGUAGUAUCCAAAACAUAUGUUGCUAGAGGUAUAUUUAGCGUAUUUUAGGAAAAUAAAAUAAAUAAUUAUUCUGUAAUUUGAUUAUAUUAACAAAUGAAGUUGUCUGACAGCAGACAAACUUACAUGUUUUGUAAUUAUGACACUUUUUCCAUUUUAUAAGAACAUGUUACAAUUUUCAGGCUGACUUGUUCUUAUAAAAAUGGGGCUUUAUUGGCCAAAUUUCAGCCUGGUGUUCUUAAUCCAUUUGUUCUUAUAUGCGGGUGUUUACUGUAUUUUCUUCAGCUGCCCCCUAUCCCUUAAAGCUAAUCUCAUAUUUUUUUUUGGUUCGCUUCGCCCCCCCUCCCCCGCCAAAUUUCACCAGCACACACGCGCUCAACUCAUUAAAAAAGAACCUCUCCUUAAUACUUUCUUAGGCAUCCAGGCGAAGACUCCGUUGUAAGGGUAAAUUAAACUAGAAGAGUUAUACAUAACACCGCAUCUUGGAAACUUAAGCCAAAUCUUUUUCAGUCUUCAGAUUAAAAUCUCCCCCAUCUUGUACUUGUAAAUCACUUACAUGUAAAUUAGCUAUUUUUGUUUAUGAUAAGCUGUAGCCUGUACUCGAGAUAUCAUGCAAUACACGUAGCUCCUAAAAGACUGAGAAAAAAUGCACGUUACGUCGUCCUCGUUUUUGUUCCUCAGGAAAUACGGCGCAUGUGGGCCCCCGUUAAUGCGGUCACCGACUGGCCCGUAUUAAUGUAUGGGUGGGGUGUUUUUAGCAGGGGCGGAACGGUCAGGUCCAAAAAAACUAACAAAAACAUAUAGUAGGUUUUCCAACCAUUCUACUUUAAUUAACUACGGUAAAAUUCCGAAAAUAAGCCCCGGGGCUUAUAUUUUUCAAAGGCCCUUUUUUGGAGCUUAUUUUUGGAGGAGCUUAUAUUCGGAGGGGCUUAUCUACGGAGUGAAAUUUGUGUCUCAAAAUCGAUUGGGCUAGCUUUAUAGUUGGAAGUAAAUUUACCGUUUUGGCUUUGUUUUCCAAGUACAAGCCCCCGCGGGGCUUAUAUUUGGAGGGGCGAUUUAACGGAGGGUUUUUUUUGCGUUACUGGUUUGGAGGGCUUAUAUUUGGAGGGGCUUAUUUUCGGAAUUUUACGGCAUGGUUUGUCACAUUUCUAAAUUCUGUUCACAGUGUUUGUUUUUAAGUACCGAUUUGUCUUGUUUUUGUAGGGAGCUUAGUUGGAGCAAUCGUUGAAAACAUGAAAAACCACAUUGAGCCAACCUGCAAAAAACUUCACAUUUAUUCAGCUGUGAGUACCGUAUCCCAUUAUCAAUUCUUGCAUUUUCUCUACAAUGCUUCGUUACGUUUCAUUUCAAAUGGAAACGAUGAAGACAGUUUGUCAAAAAAAUAUAAUAUUUUAUCACACGAGAUCACAUCCUUAAUUUUCAUAACCUUGUGUGUGAUUUAGCGAGGAUGUCUGUAGGAGAAUUUAGACGUUGAACCCGGAUAUAACAAAGCAGUCCAAGUUGUAUGAAGUUUCAAACUUGAUUAAAACCUUUGCAAUAUCGCGGCAAAAAAUUGCAGUGAAAUCGAACCUAGUUUACACCUUCGAUUUUACUCCGACAAAAGUACAUCAUACGGCGAGAAUUUACAUGUACACCCGCGUAAACCGGAGCACUCUACAGUCAUGAAGGCGGCACGGUGAUCAGGUGAGAGCACACGCAAUCUGCUUCAAGAAGGGUAAUUCGCAAGGUAACCGGAAUUAGGUCUAUACAAAAAAUCUUGAGAGGUUGACUUUAAAUAUUGUGAUCAUAGUCUUUUGGCAUCUAGGCUUUGUUCACACUACACCGGAUGGCUUUUGCGCCAACAAGAAAACCACACUGGACUGGGCUUCCUGUUACACACAAGAACGGUGAUCAUGAUUUUGGCGCCAUUUCUGUAACGGAGGGAAGCCGCGCCGCGCCUAUAUGUGCGUCACGUAUCGGAUAGUUUCUGUACCACACUUUGAACAGGUAUUCGGACCGUAGCAGUGGUGAAAAGGAAAAUAGAGGACAGGAACCCACUGAGACGGAAGAAAAUAUUCAGGAGUGAGGAUUUGGAUUAAGAGAACCAGACCCUCUCGGCCACAAACCGCUCUUGCUUUUUACCUGCCAACUCUCUCUCUUAGUUCAACUCUGUGAACUAAAGACAUCGAUCUCACGCAUCAAAGACAAUUUCUCACACCUGUCUCCCAAAUCCGGAAAAACUGUUCUUUAACACAUGAUAAAUAAUGAAAAUUCAAUUCAAAAAGGCGUUAAAUAGUGACUUUUUGUCUUUGUUUUGUUCUAACGAAAUCAAAGCACGCAAACAUAGUCGUCUUUUAAGUAGCUGGAAGUGCUCAAACGUCUUCUAAACAUCUGCGGACAUUUUCGGCAACGUUCGGAAGUCUUCGGAAAGUUGUCGGAAAUCUUCGGAAGUCGCCGGGGCGUUUCCGAAAAUUCUGGUCAUGACAAGUUGAAAAUCUCACGUAUUUGACUCACGCAGGUAUAUACCGUGCCGGACAACUUCUCGUGUCGGCACGAAAAGCUAUCCGGUCAGUUAAUGUGAACAUAGCCGAAAGGGAGGUGCCAGACACCCCGUUUUCGCUGGCAUGAUCACCCGUUGAACUAUCUAUGUUAGAAAUAAGUACUAGUGGUUGACUCGCACUCCACUGCUAGUGGUUGAAUAACUUCCAGUAAUUUCCUGUAUGAUCUGUGUUACAGCACGACACGACAGUUGCCGCAUUACUGAGCGCACUCAAUCUCUAUGAUGGAAUCUCGCCAGCUUACUCCAGCGCUGUAAUGGUUGAACUCUACUCAGACGAAAAUGAUGACAAGUAAGGCAGUUACAGUUGUGUAUAUGUUGAUCGAUGAGCAGUUCUAGUGAAGAAAACAAAUGAAUGCACACAUGAAAUUUUUGACCAAACUCUUCCCCACCCAUCGAUUGAUGUAAGUUUCACAUCACUUCAAAGUGUCUCCUGUCCUUUUCGAGUGCCAUUAGUAAGGUUUCUUAUAUGUCUCCUUUUAUGAUAUGUAACAAAUGUUAUCGUGUUGAGGUUGCUUUCGAUGUUGAAGAGAAUUGCACUAUGGCAAUGUUUGGGGUAGGGGGUAGGGGGUAGGGGGUAGGGGGUAGGGGGGAAGGGGGUAGGGAAGGGGACGCAUCCGUCCAGACGCAGAGUGAACUAAUUGUCUCUGGGGUAGUUCGGGGCUAGUAUAAAGACGGGAAGCAAUCACUUUUAUGGCCAUUUCAAAGUUGCGCUGGGUCCUCGGUCAAAGUUUCUACCCCCAUACUACCCCAAUACAACCCUAAAAAAUAUGCAAUCAUCAAUACUACACCGAUUCAGAUUCAUGCACAACUGCAAGAGGCCCAUAGCAUUCGGUUGUCAAGCAUUUUUCCCUAAAUAAAAUUAAACGUGAAGUUGCAUUCGUGGGUACCUGUAUAUAUUAAAAAGGCGUUGAUCUUAUAUUCUUCUCAAUUUAUUUUGUUUGUGUUUAAUUGUUAGAAAAGACAUGACAGUGCGUUUACUGUACCGGUUUGGCCAAAGUACAGAACCGAGAGUUCUUAAACUAUCCAAUUGCACCGAAUAUUGUCCCCUGGAUCAGUUCAUCAAGUAAGUUGCUAUUUUUUUUAAAAAAAGAGUGGCUCCGGUCACACUUAAAACAAAAGUGAGCAAGUGAAUCAAAGGAUUCUUUUUUUUCACUCGUUACACAUUUGUCUGCAAAAAGCAAUGGUUGUAAUUGGUGAGUAUCGCUAUAUCGCUAGCGCAGCGUAAAAAAUAGGUUUGGCAAAAUAUUCUCUCUUUUGAUCUUUUCACAAAUCGUUUCAUCACAAAUCGUAUCAUGACUAAAUAAGCCGCGCUUGAGAAAAUAAGCCCUGAAGAGGAUAGAACAUUCCUUUUUUUUUUUGGAUGUGAAAAACGUGACAUCCAAAAAACGGCUGCGAGGGACACUAGGUUCUGCCAGCUCUCUCUGAAUUGCGUCAAGCCUUUGAAGUCGCCGCAGCCCGAACUUCUGGACUUGUCAGUCUUGUUUUCUCUCGUCAAACUAGUUUUUUCGAGUGCGAGCAUCCGUUUAUGAUGAACCGAUGGUCAUAACUGAGCCUGCUAUACCAAACACACGGCUGUUAGGCCUGGGCUCGAAACUGUAUCCUAACAACAUGCAGCGCAUGCUCAACAAAUUCAAGCAGAUGCCAAAAUCGAGCAAGCGAAAGAAAGUCUUUUCUGGUAGAGUUGGCUAAAUAAUAUGUUGCAGGACUUGUGUUUUGAGCAACUCAGCUCCGGCUAGACUUUGAAAAAGUUAUUCGUCCUUUAGAGCGUUUUCACUCACAUGGUCAGCAUCUGUACUAAUUUAUUGGAACAAAAGAAAGCAUUUACAUGAGAAAAGAGUUCAACUCCCAGAGGAUUUUCUUUGUACACCAACAUGGCCGCCGUUUCAUUGUUUUACAACACCAAUAUGGCCGCUGUGACGUCAUGUGAAAACGCUCAAUUUUAGUGAUUGUUAAGUUAUGUCUUCUCCCGCGUUCCUUGGCCGGAAAAAAAAAAAACGCGUGCAAGAAAAGUCGAUGACAGUCGAGGAUUAUGAAAUUGUUGAUGAAUGUGGAAUUGAGUUGCUAAUUACUGUGUUGGCCUUCCCUUUUCAGGGCGACUGCUGAUGUUAUUCCCGGUGAUCUGAACAAAGCUUGUGGCGUGAAGCAAGACAAAUUGUGUGUGAAGACGAUUGUUUAUAAGAGUAAGUUCUGUGCUAACUAUAAACUCUCACCCCCUUUAAGACCUUGAUAUUGAAAAUAUAAUAAUCUAGCUAAUUUGCGACGUUCACGUUCCCCAUAAUUUAACUUGUCCUCCCCACAAAAUUUUGCGUAAGUAUUGUUUUCAGUUUAUCUUUGAACAAACAAUUGCCCCUGAAGAAAUUUUGUGGGGGGAAACAAAUUGUAUUAUGAAAAACGUGAAAGUCGCAGAUAGUCGAAGCGUGGAUUCUCGUUUGCUAACUACGUGAGCGAGCCUCAAAAGUCCACGAGGCGUGUGGCGACGUAAAAACCGCGCAUAUUCGUGCGAGUUAAAAGAAGCUGUAAACUGUGCCCCGUGAUUCCGUUUGUGUGACCAACACAUGUUAUUACGUAUUACUAUAUGGAGGAGAGUGUUUUACUGGGAACUAAACCACUCGUAGAUUCCAUACGCCACUUCAUCCGGGACCCGAGUGGCGUACCAUGUCACCAUGUUAUCGUUCAAUGAUCUCGAUUGCCUUUUGCUUUUGUUGAAACCAUAUAUAGGUUAAAGCUUCGCUCACUGUAGAUGAAGAACACAGAAGUACGUCUGUUUUGCUAUGGGUUUUUAGAUGAAGAACACAGAAGUACGUCUGUUUUGCAGUUUUGUUCCCAAUGAGUCCCAAUAUCGAGUUCCAGGAUUAAUUUAUUUCAACAAUGAACAAUCAAAAUUUAAAAAAAACUAUUCUGCCCGCAAUUUUUAAAAACUGAAUCAUUGGAUAAUGCCUUUCUAAAGCUCUGAUUGGCCUGGCCAUCAUGGUAUAUGAGCCAUUAUACCAUGCUCUCUAAAUAUGAUAACUGUACGUGUCUGCUCAAAAUUAAAAACAAGCUGAAAAUCAGUUGUUUUACAAAUAAAGUAGUGAAGAAUUCUCGAUAUUUUGUGCACGUUUUCAAUAAAACAAUUAUUCGACUCGCGCUUGUUGGAUAUGAGAUGAUUAUAGCCAACUCGGCGCUACGCGCCUCGUUGGUAAUUACAUCUCAUAUCCAACGCCACUCGUGGAAUAAUUUUUAAAUAGCAAGGCUAAUCUAGGCGGUAGAGCAAAUCAGAUAGUUUGUAACACACUGGAAGUUCUAAGUGAAUAAGUAAAUAAAUAAAUGUUAAGAGAUAGCGAAAAAAAAUGUUUACAAAACAAUCAGGAUUUCUGUCCGUGUGCCGCUGAUACACAGUCAGGAGCUAAAUACGUCCUUUUUCUUUUGCAGGUUUCUUGGCGGGCUUUAUUGCCGUCACCGCGAUUCUCUCUCUUCUGCUGCUUGUACUGUUCAUCAGAUGCUGUCGGCGAAAAUGCUGCCGUCGAAAAAAGAAUCUGACUUUUUAUAACGACCUAUUGAAAGAUGCGCGACUCCUGGACAAGCCAGAUUAUGACUCUGACAGUUAGAACAUAAUCUACCCAACUUGUUAACAUUAAAUAGAGUUUUCCCAUUGGUCAAUCUUAAUGACACGAGCACUAGAAAGGUCUUUGUACGGUGGUGCUCUGAAGCUACGGAUUGUCGCCUAGCAACACAUUUUCUGACAAAUUCCGGGCUCAUUUUUCUGGGAUAGAGAGAAGAAAAUAGAAAAUAGGUUAAGGGCCUGGUGGUUCCCAGAUCUCUUAGCCGUGAACACAGACUAUUUUUUAACAUUGUAAAAAUUGAAGAAUUGUAGAUCAGUAUUAUCGUUAUCAUUAUCAUUUUUUGCUUUUUUUGUGUGUUUUGUAGUUGUCGAUGAGGGGUGAGUUAUAUUUGUUUAAGAUACCUUAAAUCAUGAUCACUUAACUUGACGUUCUAAUGUCACUAGUCAACAUUAUGAAAAACAUUUGUUUUUUCUUCCUUUCCAUUGGCCGUGAGCCCACCGCGUGACCUGAAAAUAAUGGUCUGCUCAUGCGCAAUGACGUCCAAAUUUGUUUGGCUGCAAAUAAUAUUCUGCUCAUGCGUAAAUGAAACCAAGCUUUUCUCCUUCUUGUGAUCGCUCUUAGGUGAAAAUGGCAGACCGCAUGGUUCCCGAAGAUAUCCAUUAAAAAACAAACUCGGUGAUCGAAUGAUAAAACAAUUAUUGAACGAGGUUGAGCAAAAUAUCGUGAUUUGUCAGUGUCUCGCAGAUCAAUUAUUAAGGCUUCGACAAUGCAAAUAAUUGAUCUGCUCGCCACUGACAAAUGACGACAUUUUGCUCAAACUCGUCCAAUAAUUGUUAAUUAUUCUUGUUUAAGAGGUUGCAUGAUGGACUCUAGCAUACUUGUCAUGUUUAAGUCGCUUAAAAUUUUCAUUUCAUACCGAAUUUUAACAAGUUUUCAUUAGUUAAAACGACACGGUACAUCAAUAGGUAAACCGAACUAAGCUUAAAAAAUGUGUGAUAUUUUGUGACACGUGCAGUGAGAGUUGACUACAGUGAGAUAUACCACAUGGAAAAAAAUUAUUACCUGCGUGAUCUGGAAGCGUGAUAGAUACUUCUCCGUUUUAGUAUUUUUCAUUAGAUUAUUAACUGAGAAAUGAG